AUGGCUUCAAGAAGGGCCCUCCGAACGCUGCAAUCGCAGCUCAAUGCCAUCAACUCAGCUGGUUCCACCUCCUCGGCAGCAUGCAGCAAAACCACACCCAUUCUGCAAUUCCGCCGUGCGAACAGCAGCAACAGCAGCAGCACCUCUGCCAUCGCCUACAAAGCACUUCACCGACGAGUGUCUCCUCUGCCCUCUGUGCCCACCUCCCAUGUCUCACCCGCCGCCGCCGUGAGCAGCAUCCUCUAUGAGACACCAAUCCGAUCAACUGCCCCGCCGAAGCGCCAUGUCCUCAAUUGCUUGGUGCAGAACGAGCCCGGAGUGUUGUCGCGCGUUAGUGGAAUUCUCGCCGCGCGUGGCUUCAACAUCGACAGUCUGGUGGUGUGCAGCACUGAGGUCGCCGAUCUCUCGCGCAUGACCAUUGUGCUGCAAGGUCAGGACGGCGUCGUCGAACAGGCUCGCCGACAACUGGAGGAUCUGGUGCCUGUGUGGGCUGUCCUGGACUACACGGCCGCACCGCUGGUGCAGCGAGAAUUGCUCUUGGCCAAGGUCAGCAUUCUGGGCCCGGAGUACUUUGAGGAGCUGUUGGCUCACCACCGGGAGAUGACUGGCGAUGCGACAUACCAGCAAGAGCUCCCUCCGCAGGCCACCGCUGGUGGCAGCGACGAGGCCCAACAGGCAUUUGACCAGCAGGACUUCGAGUACCCUACAGAGCCUUUCCACCCGAGCGCACUUCCGCCGUCAGAGGCUCUGCGGUUGAAGCACCAGCAUCUCGAGACUAUCACCUACCUGACGCACCAGUUCGGAGGUAAGGUGCUCGAUAUCAGCACCAACAACUGCAUUGUUGAGGUCUCCGCCAAGCCGCACCGUAUCGACAGCUUCAUGAAGCUGAUCACUCCUUUCGGUAUCUUGGAGAGCGCACGUACAGGUUUGAUGGCGCUUCCUCGCUCACCACUGCACGGCGCUGCCGACGAGACUGAGAAGGACAUUGCGGACAUCGUCGACACCAGCCAGCUUCCUCCCAGCUAG